AUGCUCCAAGACAACUUCCUGCCCGCGGGCACCUCGCGCGCCGCCAUCGACGAGGCCAAGCGUCUCUUGACGCUAGCCAACCAAAAGUGUCCCGACGCCGCGGUCGUCGCGGGCGGGUACAGCCAGGGCACGGCCGUGGUGGCCAGCGCGGUCGGCGAGCUGGCGGCCGGGAUCCGCGAGCAGGUGAAGGGGGUCGUGCUGUUUGGGUAUACCAAGAAGUUGCAGAACGCCGGGAGGAUUCCGAAUUUUCCGGCGGAUAGGACCAAGGUGUACUGCAGCGUAGCGGAGUGCCGUCUGCUGGGGUACGCUGUUCAUCCUGCCGGCGCACUUUUUGUAUCCGGCUGA